AUGUCAGAGGGCGUGGGCACAUUCCGUGUGGUCCCUGAAGAGGAGCAGGAGCUCCGUGCCCAGCUGGAGCGACUUACAACCAAGGACCAUGGGCCUGUCUUUGGCCCGUGCAGCCAGCUCCCCCGCCACACCUUACAGAAGGCCAAGGACGAGCUGAAUGAGAGGGAGGAGACCCGGGAGGACGUGGUUCGAGAGCUGCAGGAGCUGGUGCAGGCGGAGGCGGCGUCUGGGCAGGAGCUGGCCCGGGCGGUGGCCGAGAGGGUGCAGGGGAGGGACAGCGCCUUCUUCAUGCGCUUCAUCCGCGCGCGCAAGUUCCACGUGGGGCGCGCCUACGAGCUGCUCCGAGGCUACGUGAACUUCCGGCUGCAGUACCCUGAGCUCUUUGACAGCCUGUCCCUGGAGGCCGUGCGCUGCACCGUGGAGGCUGGCUACCCUGGUGUCCUCUCCAGUCGGGACAAGUAUGGCCGAGUGGUCAUGCUCUUCAACAUCGAGAACUGGGACAGUGAAGAAAUCACCUUCGAUGAGAUCUUGCAGGCAUAUUGUUUCAUCCUGGAGAAGCUACUAGAGAAUGAGGAGACUCAAAUUAAUGGCUUCUGCAUCGUUGAGAACUUCAAGGGCUUUACCAUGCAGCAGGCUGCCGGACUCCGGGCUUCCGAUCUCAGGAAAAUGGUAGACAUGCUCCAGGACUCCUUCCCAGCCCGGUUUAAAGCCGUCCACUUCAUCCACCAGCCGUGGUACUUCACCACGACCUACAACAUGGUCAAGCCCUUCUUGAAAAGCAAGCUGCUGGAAAGGGUCUUUGUCCAUGGAGAUGACCUCUCUGGCUUCUUCCAGGAGAUCGAUGAGGACAUCCUGCCCGCCGACUUUGGGGGCACAUUGCCCAAGUAUGAUGGCAAGGCGGUCGCUGAGCAGCUCUUUGGCCCCCGGCCUCAAGCCGACAACACAGCCUUCUGA